GUCUGCUAUCAGAAAUCUCUUGUCUUACGCUUGUAUUUAAAUUAAUUAUUUAUCAGAUGUGUAAUCAGAAAAAUCCGUCCAAUUGUUUAAGUAUAUAUCGUAAAAACUAUUACCAUGAUUUAAUGCUAUUCGAAGUUAAAAGACUAAUGUUCAAACGAAAACACAAAUUUUAAUGUAUAAAAGGACAAGAUAUAUUCCGAAUUCUGCAAUGAGCGAGCAACAAGAAAGAGAUGGAAAAGAACAUGACAACUUCGUAGACUAUACCGAGCCGCCUUCACUAGAGAGUAUAGCACUCGUGUGCACAGCAGUAAGAUUGUGGUCAGAACCUGAAAAUGUGCAUUUUGAUACUUUAAAUAAUCUUUAUAGUUUUAGUGAAUUAAAAGAAAGAGUGUUAAACAAAUUAAAAAGACACAUCUUGCCAGAUUUACUAAAAAUCAAAAUAUCUAAUGUUAUUGAGCCUGUAGGGCUACAAUUAUGCGAAACUAAUUAUUAUUUCGAUGAAAUGAAUUGUGAUUUCCGUGAUAUUCAUAAAAUUGGAGGAUCUAUUUAUUACACAAUGGAAGGAGUUAUCGAUAACGUUAAAUCUCUCAAAGAGGUGAUUAAUAAUGAAGACCAAGUAAAAGACAUCAGUUCUUUGUAUGAGUUAGCUUGUAAGUACUGCUUAGAGGAAAAUAUUUCAUAUUUAUGGCAGAAUAUGAGUUCUGAGAAAAAGAAAAAGUUUUAUAAUGCCUAUUAUAACGCAUAUAGGGAUCAUAUAGUAGACUAUUGGACUGCUUAUCUUGAAAACGAAUUGCCCAGAUUUUUUAAUAAGAUUACGAGUUUGGUCUAAUAUGAAUAUGAUUCUAAUCGGAGUAUUUAUCAAAAUAUGACUUCGAUGUCCGUGCGUGUUGGGAACAUAUUUGCUCUCAAAUACUUCUGGAAGUUAUUAACGGAGCAAGAAAAGAAUAUCAAUAUGGAGUACUGGAUCAAUUUGGUAUUAAUGGAACUCAGAGAUAAAAUUUUGAAUGCUACAGUCAUUAAAUAUCAACAAUACAACCCGUUUGCAGAUAUUUUGUUCUUUUUGUUAUCUAAAAUGAAUGAUCAACAGAAAAAGUAUUGUAUUUUUCAAACUCAUUCUGAGAUAAUAUUAAAAACUUUAUUUUUUUGUUGGCCUUGGCAAAGAUUUUUCCUGCCCACAAUCGGACUGAUGUUCGAUUAUCUUAAGGAAGAUGUUUAUUUCGGAAUAAUAUCCGACAUUACCGAGGAAAUAAAAGGUGGCAGAACCACUGGCGAUCUGAUCAGAGAAAUCUGGCAUCUUAGUCCAAUAAGAUUAAAAAACUCACUUAGCCUAAAUAUGGAAGGCUUAUUAUGGAAUUUACUUGAAGUAAAUGACACUAGAACAAUCGAUGUGAUAAUAAGCAAUAUUCCACCUGAAGAAAGAAGAGACAUUGCCCUGAAUAUAAUAAAUUAUAAUGACUUAAGUCACGUAAUUUUAUCCGGUAAAGUUACUUUUCUGGACACGUUAAUAAAAAAGCUUUUACCAAUGCAUGAUGAUAUCAUACGUAUGAUCAAGAUGCUUAUAUUAGAAUAUAAGCGUGUAAUUUCUUUUUUAAUCAUCAGCAAUGAUAUUCCAAUUGUCGAUGCAUGGUUAAAUUGGAUUUUUCCAUCCGAAAAUGAAAUCAAACAUUAUAAGAAAGAAAUACUUAAUCUAAUGAAAAUUUACAUUUCUUUGAUUCGAUUAAAUGAUUACGAAUGCGUAAACACAUUUUUAAAAUAGCGCUUUGAGACGGAAGAAGAUAUUACUUCCUUCAAAAAAACUUUUAUUCAAAAAGGCAACUUUCCUCGAUGUUUCAACCUGUUGAUCGAAAUGAGCAAUGACUACGAGACUGGAUGGGAUAGAUUUGAAAGAUUUAUAAAUCAUAGCUUAAGUUGUUCUGAAGAAAUUUCCCAGUUCAAAAAAUUGUAUUUGAAGAGUGUACCCACUUUCUUAAAACUCGGUAAUUUGAAAUUUGCAACACAUUUCUUAAACUGGUGCUGUAACUCACUGUGCGAGGUCAAUCGGUACAAGAAUGAUUUAUUGCUCUCUAAAAAGGGAAUCGGAAUGCUUUUAUAUAGCUGGCAUCAUACAUCCCAAUUCGGCUUGGAUAGCUUUCGUAGCAGAUUAAAAUGGUUCUAUCCUCUCUCAAGUGAAACUAUUGGUAAACUCAAGUCGUUAGAAGUUUGCAAAUUCAUUGGAUUCUGUGACAGCUCUGCUCCACAAAGGCAACGAGCCUUCAUUUAUUUACUGGACUGCUUAGAAUGGAAAUCGAAUUCAGCAGGUGAAGGCGAAAUUCUCGAUAAUACUGAUGCAAAGAUUAUAAAUCGUAUAUUGAAAGGAAAGGAUAUUAAUGGGGAUGACACCAGUGAUUCUUCUUACAACUACGAUAGUGAUGAAAAUAAUUUUAUUUCAUGUGAAGAUGAUGAUAUUUAUGAUUUGUGGUAUUCUUAGUUGAGAUGCAAAAUGCAUUCAAGAUUAUAUGAAUGCUUUCAUUAAUAGUCUCUUUUAUAUACCACUGCAUGUUAUGAGAGAUAUAUUUUUUGUACAGUAAACGGAUUGUUCAAUGCGAUGUCUAGGAAAUGGUGCAUAAA